UGUUGCUGUGUUGCAUCAGACGGCGUGGUUUAUGUCUGAACAGUCAGCUUUACGGCAACCGGGUUUCAUGUGGGUACUGUGCAUGUGUGGUUAAGCUGACGUUUCAUACUUCUGUAAUCUUUAGUGAUGGACGUGUUGUAUGUGUCAUCCCACCCUGAUGACUUUAAGAGUCUCCUGCCGCUGAUCGCUGGCCAGUACUGCACCCCCCCUCCGCGCGUCGUCACGGAGAUGCCCCCAGCGGGGGUGGCGGGGUGGACGGCGCGGCCGGCGCUGGUGCCGGGCGAUGCGGGCGGCGGCAGCCAGGCGCUGUGGGGCUCCAGUGCGGUGGGCUGGUACCUGGCGUCGCGCGCCAGCCGUGUGGGGAGGGGACAUCAGCAGCAGAGCCGCGUGUGGCAGUGGAUCAGUUACGCCCAGAACGAGAUCACACCCGUCGCCUGCGCCGUCGUCUUCCCCCUGCUGGGCGCCAAAGGGCUCGACAAGAAGCUGCAGGAGAACUCUCGCACAGUGCUGAUGAAACUGUUGAAGACUCUGGACCAAUCACUGGAGCCGCAAACCUUCCUGGUCGGGGAGAGUCUCUCUCUGGCCGACAUCGCUGUGGCCACCGCAGUUCUGCUGCCCUUCAAAUACGUGCUGGAGCCUGCUGACCGUAAGUCUCUGGUGAACGUGACGCGCUGGUUUGUGACGUGUAUGAACCAGCCGCAGUUCCUGGCAGUGCUGGGCCCAGUGCCCCUCUGUGAGAAGAUGGUGCCCAUCUCUGCCAACGCCAGCGGCAAUGCCAACGCCGCACCCAGCACACCAGGGGGAGAUGCUGCUCCAGCUGGAGCACCCCAGAAGACGGAGGCACAACUGAAGAAGGAGGCGAAGAAGCGAGAGAAGAUGGAGAAGUUCCAGCAGAAGAAAGAGAUGGAGGAGAAAAAGAAGAAACAGCAACCCUCCACAGAGAAAAAGAAACCAGAGAAGAAGGAGUUGGGUGUGAUCACCUACAACACACCAACACCCCUCGGAGAGAAGAAAGAUGUGGUGAGUCCCCUGCCUGACUCCUAUAGUCCUCAGUAUGUGGAAGCUGCUUGGUACAGCUGGUGGGAGAAGCAGGGAUUCUUCAAGCCAGAGUAUGGGCGGAAGAAUCUGAGUGAGCCCAACCCACGCGGCGUCUUCAUGAUGUGUAUCCCUCCGCCAAAUGUCACCGGCUCUCUGCACUUGGGCCAUGCCCUGACAAACGCAAUCCAGGACUGCCUGACCAGAUGGCACCGUAUGCGUGGCGAGACGACACUGUGGAACCCAGGCUGUGACCAUGCGGGCAUCGCCACCCAAGUGGUGGUGGAGAAGAAGCUGAUGAGGGAGAGAGGCCUGAGCCGCCAUGACCUGGGCAGAGAGCAGUUCAUCUCGGAGGUCUGGAAGUGGAAGAAUGAGAAGGGGGACCGUAUCUACCACCAGCUAAAGAAGUUGGGUUCCUCUCUGGACUGGGACAGAGCCUGCUUCACCAUGGAUUCUAAACUGUCGUAUGCAGUGCAGGAGGCGUUCGUGCGGAUGCAUGAGGAGGGGGUGAUCUACCGCAGCAAGAGACUCGUCAACUGGUCCUGCACACUCAACUCUGCCAUCUCCGACAUCGAGGUGGAUAAGAAGGAGCUGACAGGGCGGACGCUGCUGCCGGUGCCUGGUUACAAGGAGAAGGUGGAGUUUGGGGUGCUGGUGUCUUUCUCUUACAAGAUCGAAGGCUCAGAUGAGGAGGUUGUCGUGGCCACCACUCGUAUUGAGACCAUGCUGGGAGACACAGCUGUGGCGGUCCACCCCAACGACCCCAGAUACCAGCACCUGAAGGGGAAGCUGGUGCUCCAUCCCUUCUCUGAGCGCCGGAUGCCCAUCGUAUUUGACGACUUUGUUGACAUGGCCUUUGGCACAGGUGCGGUGAAGAUCACUCCAGCCCAUGAUCAUAAUGAUUAUGAGGUUGGUGUCAGACACAAGCUGGACUUCAUCAACAUCCUGGAUGAGAAUGGAUACCUCAUCAACGUGCCCAAGCCCUUCUUGGGUAUGAAGCGAUUUGAGGCCAGGAAGGCUGUACUGCAGGCUCUGAAGGACAGAGGCCAAUUUAAGGAGAUCAAGGACAAUCCCAUGGUGGUGCCCGUGUGCAGUCGCUCUAAGGACAUCGUGGAGCCCCUACUGAAGCCACAGUGGUAUGUCAACUGCGCAGAUAUGGGCAAGCAGGCAGCGGAUGCCGUCAGGGACGGGAGUCUGAAGAUCAUCCCUGACCAUCACCUCAAGACCUGGUUCAAUUGGAUGGACAACAUCAGGGACUGGUGUAUCUCUCGGCAGCUCUGGUGGGGUCACAGGAUUCCGGCUUACUUUGUCACCGUGGACGACCCUGCAGUCAAACCUGGAGAGGAUAUGGAUGGCCAUUACUGGGUGAGUGGCAGAUCUGAGGCAGAGGCGAAGGAGAAGGCAGCCAAACGCUUCAACGUCCCCGCAGAAAAUAUCUCCCUCCGACAGGAUGAGGAUGUGUUGGACACCUGGUUCUCCUCUGGCAUUUUCCCCUUCUCCAUCUUUGGCUGGCCCAACGAGACGCAGGACUUGAAUGUGUUCUACCCGGGCACUCUGCUGGAGACUGGACACGACAUCCUGUUCUUCUGGGUGGCACGGAUGGUCAUGAUGGGCCUCAAACUCACCGGCAAGCUACCCUUCACAGAGGUGUACCUGCACGCUGUGGUGAGAGAUGCUCACGGCAGGAAGAUGAGUAAAUCUCUGGGAAACGUCAUCGACCCUCUGGACGUCAUCACCGGCAUCUCACUAGAGGGUCUCCAUGCCCAGCUGAAGGACAGUAAUCUAGACCCUGUGGAAGUCGAGAAGGCCAAGGAAGGACAGAAAUCGGACUACCCCAGUGGCAUCCCUGAGUGUGGUACUGAUGCGUUGAGGUUUGCUCUGUGUGCCUACACUAGCCAAGGGCGGGACAUUAACCUGGAUGUGAACCGUAUUCUGGGCUACAGGCACUUCUGCAACAAGCUCUGGAACGCCGUCAAGUUCGCCAUGAGGACGCUGGGGGAGGAUUUCACGCCCAGCGACAAGCCACAGCUGUGUGGAGAGGAGAGUGUGUGUGACCGCUGGAUCCUGUCACGGUUGAGUGCAGCCGUGGCUCUCUGUGGUGCCGGGUUCCAGAACUACGACUUCCCCGCCAUCACCACCGCCAUCUACAACUUCUGGCUCUACGAGCUGUGUGACGUCUACCUGGAGUGUGUAAAGCCGGUGGUGAGUCGUGCAGACACAGGUGCCGAUCCAGACGCUCAGAGACAAGCUCAGGUGUGCAGGCAGACGCUAUACACCUGUCUGGAGGCGGGACUAAGGCUACUUGCGCCAAUCAUGCCCUUCGUUGGCGAGGAGCUCUUCCAGAGGUUGCCACGGAGACGACCCCACGACAGCCCACCCAGCAUCUCUGUCACGCCCUACCCCGAGACCUCAGAGUUCUGCUGGCACAGUGAGAAGGUAGAUAAGGAGAUGGACUUUGUGAUGUCUGUGGUCCGAACUAUCCGAUCCCUUCGCGCCGACUACAACCUGACAAAGACCCGCGCUGACUGUUAUCUGCAGUGUAUAGAUGCUCAGACAGUAGGAGUGGUGCAGUGCUACAGUCUGCAGAUCCAAACACUCUCCUACUCCCAGACCAUCACUGCUGUAACCGGGGGCGACAGUGCUAUCCCAGAGGGCUGUGCGGUGGCCAUCGCCUCUGACCGCUGCACCGUCCACCUCAUGCUAAAGGGCCUGAUUGACGUGGAGAAGGAGGUGUGUAAGCUGUCGGGGAAGAAGGCUGACCUGCAGAAGCAGAUGGACAAGCUCAGAGAGAAGAUGGCCAAGAGUGACUACAGGGAUAAGGUUCCGGCAAAGGUGCAGGAGGCCGACGCCGAGAAGAUGCGACAGAGCCAGACUGAGCUUGAGAAAGUGAUGGAAGCCAUAGAGAACUUCAAACGAAUGAUGUAACUCCAGUUAGCAUAUACACACACACUGUUUUUCUUGUUAGUUAGGGUUCUUUCUGCAGUUUUCUGGUCUGUGAGUUUGUAUCUGUCGCUGGAUAAGGUAUAAUAAAGCCUUUUAGGGAUCUGA